UUUUGCGUGAAAUGGGUUUUCAUCGGCUCUUCAGAGGCCUGUAUUUAAGACAAUACUUAAGACACAAACCAUUAUUAGUGCGCGAAUUGAGUGCAAACCGACGCCUAUAUCACGCAAAGCCCACCGCAAAGCCGACCAUCGCUUCAUACCUGCUAUUGGUGAUACCGGGCGCCACCUUUUGUCUCGGCUGUUGGCAGGUAUACAGAAGGCAAUGGAAACUACAGCUCAUCGACCGCUUGGAACAACUUGUCAGACAACCGGCCAUUGAUUUACCGCAACAUUUGGCUGAAGUGAAUGGUUUGGAGUACCAGAAAGUGAGACUCAGAGGACGAAGAGGACAGAAGUGUACGGAUAGUUUGGCUGAAGUGAAUGGUUUGGAGUACCAGAAAGUGAGACUCAGAGGACGGUUCGAUCACACGAUGGAAAUGUUUAUAAGUCCGCGAUCUUUGCUGAAACCAGAAGAGGACAGAAGUGGGUCUGUGUUUAGCGUACAGUCGAAGGACUCGUUGGGCUAUUGGGUUAUCACACCGUUUGUGGUCACCGAACGAAACGCCAGAAUUCUGGUUAACCGCGGAUGGAUUCCCAGAUCUAAAUUGGAUCCCAAGUCUAGAUCUGAUGGACAAAUCAACGAUGAGAUUGAAUUGGUUGGUGUCGUCCGCAGAACAGAACAAAGACAACCAUUUGGUCUCAAGAAUGAUGACAAUAGCAACGUAUGGCACGUCAAAGACGUGGAUUCAAUGGCACAAAGACUGGACACUUUGCCCAUCAUUGUUGACGCCGACCAUAACAGCACAAUACCGGGCGGUCCUAUCGGCGGACAGACCAGAGUAACGCUGAGGAAUGAACACAUGUCUUAUAUAAUCACAUGGUACGGCCUCUCAAUCAUCACAUUUUAUUUAUGGUAUCUCAAGAUAUAUAAAAGAAGGCCAAUGUUUUGAUAACUAUUGUCAUCGCUAUUCACAUCCUAAUCAAUAUUAACGAUAACUAAGUAUAUUAAGUAAAGUCAAGUAUUUUCUA